GGAAAAGAAUUCCAUUCCCUCCAACAUUCUAUCUCCUGUCCACGUUCCUUUUGCACCCUAGCUCUCUCACUUUAAAAAUCCCCAAUUCAUCAGCACCCUAAUUUUCUACCCUAAUUUACUAAAUUAACAUAAUUUUAUGGAUAAAUCGGCUGACGGAGAAGCGCCGACGGCGGUAGCCACUGCUGCGGAAGAGAUUCAGCAGCAGGAGAGCAGUAGAGUUCGCCGCCGUCUGGUUCAGUCCACUCUGUUACGGCAUAAAUCUCCAGCAGUGGAAACUCCAGGUGACCAAAAGGACGAUAAAGAAUGCAAUGACGAGGUUAAGGAUGGUGAUGACGAGGAGUGCAGUGGGAGUCGAGGCAAGAAGAAAAGAACGCGGAAGCGAAAAGAGAGUCCCAAAACUAAAACUCCUAAAGUUUCAAGGAAGGCAAAGGCGGUGUCAUCUGCAGAAGCAACGCCAGAAAAGGAUGCUACACCUAAAAAGUCAAAGCGUUCAUCCAUAAAUGCUGCAGGUAGAAAGAGUGCCACACCUAAAAAGAAUGGGACAAGUGUUGGGAAAAUUGCAGAUUAUUUGACAGAGAACAGUGACGCAUUGCUACAAAUCCCUAAUCUGAGAUUAGAGGCAAAAAUGGUGGCUGAGGAAAAUUCAAGAGUGUUUGGUGGAAAACAAAUACACCCUUUUUUCUUGUCUCGGAACACGAGUAAGAUAGGCCAGAAGACAGAUAUCCAGAUAAAAUCUAAAAGCAUUACUGUUGGUCCUAUUCAUGUAUUUGAAAGAGAACAGGAUGAUGCUGUGUCUCUUGAUUGGAGAGAUUGGAAAUUUUGUGAGAAAUUCUUUACCAAUAGCAGUUUUACUCCCGAAGGCUCAUUCUCUUCAAUUUUUGAAUGUACUGUCAAGUCAUUAUCAUUUGAUGAGUUUCCAAGUGUGUUGCAUCUCACUGGUUCACAUUUUCAAGAUAAUAAACCUCCGGAUGAAUGUCUUCCUCAGCAAGAAGUUUUGUAUGAAGCAUCAGCAACAGCCAUGUCAUGUGGUGCAUGGGUGGAAUGCUAUCAGCAGAUUAAGGAUACUGAAAUAAACCAUCAGGUCAAUGAAGUUGGUCUGCUUUCUGGUUGUGCAAGAAAAUCAGAUGCUGAGCACCAAACCAAAAAUCUGGAAGAAAGGGUAUCAUCUCACCCUGGUUGUGCUAAUCAGCUUGAUAACAGAUUGUGGACAUUUAAGUACCAGCCCAAGAAGGCCAUGGAGAUAUGUGGUAAUCAUGAUUCAGUAAAAUUUUUGAACGAAUGGCUUUGCACUUGGCAUCAAAGAGGUUAUGAAGCUAGCAAAGCAUCCUCUGUUGCUGAUGAAUGUUAUAUGCAAGAUCCUGAUUAUAACUGUUCCCAAAGUGAUUCUGAUUCUGGAAACGCUGGUGAAGAUGCCAACUUUAAGAAUGUUCUCUUAAUUACCGGACCAGUCGGGAGUGGGAAGUCAGCAGCUAUCUAUGCUUGCGCUAAGGAACAAGGGUUCAGAGUUCUGGAGUUCAAUACCUCAGAGUGUCGAAAUGGAGCUGCUGUGAAGGAAAGAUUUGGUGUGUUAGAUUCGCAAUCCACUUUAGACUCUCAACUCCUUCAAUGGUCACAGGAAAGUCCUUUAGAAUUUCAGACCAUGGACACUAUAAAGCCCCCUGCAGUAGUGCAAGAGAUUGAUGGCAAAGUGAUUGAAGUGAUACCAAUAGCAGAUGAGGAUAUUUCUCAUGAAGCUACUGAAACAUCUGAGCAGUUUGUUUACAAGGACAGUUCAGUUCCCUGUAGUCAAGGUCCACUUAAACUCUUGAUUCUGUUUGAGGAUGUGGAUGUUAUCUUUGCUGAAGAUCGUGGUUUUCUUACUGCAAUACAACAAAUUUCUGAUAAAGUAAAGUGGCCUGUGAUACUGACCACAAAUAGUGACAAAACUGUUCUCCCUGACAGUUUGGAUAGGCUAGAAUUGUGUUUUAAAAUGCCAUUAGAGAAGGAGCUUUUUCAGCAUCUGUGCAUGGUUUGUUCUGCAGAGAAUGCUGAUGUUCAACCUCACCAAGUAGAGCAAUUAAUUAAAUUUUGUCAGCGAGAUAUCAGGAAAAUCAUUAUGCAUCUACAGUUCUGGUGUCAGGGUGAACAAUUCAUUAAAGGUAAUGAAGUGAGGAGACUUUUCAGUCGACUGCCAUUUGAUCUUGAAGAUGUCUAUCAAAUAUUGCCAAAGAUGAUCCCCUGGGAUUUCCCUUCUCAGUUGUCUGAGCUAGUUGAGAAGGAGAUCACAAUGUCAUUAUGCAUGAUGGAAGAAAAUGGUGUCUCCACAGUAGUUAUUACAGAUGAUAAAGAUAUGCAUAACCAUAUGGAGAAGCAUAUUUGUGAAACAGAUAGUAUCAAGGCCAAGAAGAAAGUAAUGUUAAGCAAUAAUAGCUUUGAUCAUGAUCCCAUUGACUUCAUCCCUCCUUUCAAUCUUGCAUGUGAUUUUUUGGAUUCCUCAAACAGCCCAUUUCCAUCCUCUCGGAAAAACAGUAAAAGAAAACUUGUGGCGAUGUCUUCUGACUCUGAAGAUGAUAGAGUGCCAACAAGUCUUGAAAAGGAUAUUAGUAAUGGGUUUUUCCUUGAAAAUGGUGGAUUUGCCCCUCAUCAUCCAAACUUCCAAAUAGGCUUCAGCCCAUCAACUGACCUGCAAUUUUAUUCUGAGUCAGAAAAGCUGGAAGAAAACCUUUAUCUAUGUUCAGAAACAGCAGUUCACUUAGAUGUAAAAGACACAUGCAUAUCGGUUGAUGUAUCUUGUGUGCCGGAAUCAUCUUAUGUUCCUGAAACUGAAAUUGAUGAUGGAACAAGAAUAUUUGGUAGGGUGUCUUGUGGACAAAUGGGCCAGGCAGAAAUUAUAGAAGAAACUUCAGUAAGCAACGAAUUCAGACAAAACAUAUUGUCAGUGGAUGCCAAGAAUUUUGAUGAACCUAUGCCCAAAUUGUGUAAAGAUUCUGACGUGUUAGGAGGUACUUGUGAUAUGACUGCAGUAUCAUCACAUGAAGAGGUGGAAGAUUCUCAAAAUGAUCUCACGGAAUCCAUCACAAGAGAACAUCAGCUGAUGGACGAGUGUAGCUGUAUGGACUUCAGUAGGAAAUUCAAUCAGCACCAGAAACGUGGGUCCUCUGAUGUGAUUGAUACAGUACAAGAGUCAUGGAGAAAACUUCGUGAUCGUCGUGCAGACCUGAGACAUUUAGCAGCUGCAGAACACAAAUAUUGUUCUGGAAUCAUGAAACUUGCUUGUGGGAUGAGCAAUCUAAUUUCAGAAGCCGAAGUAUUGCAGACUAAGUGCCAAUCACUUGACUCCUUGGGAUUGCCAAUGGUUUUUUCCGAGGAAUCAGAAGCAUUUAGCUGGGGCAAUGAGCAGUUGCAGAUGGCAUCAACAAUUGUGCAGCAUGGAUUUUGUACAUAUGCCAAAGACAUUGUUGCUGCAGGGUUAAAUAUGGGCUACAGAAACAAUGGAGGUUUGACAUGGGAGGUGCUGUCUGCCACUACAAAGAUGAAAGUCAGCAACUCACUUGGACAAAAUGUUAAUGCUAAGAACUUACAUGUUGGGCUGGGUGCGGAGAUGACCUUGCUUGAGAAUGGUUCAUCAAAUAGUGAGCAGAAGUCGCAGUCUAUCAACAUAAUCCAGUCAGUAGUUCCUUCCCGAGCAUAUAUGACAAUGAAAGGUGAUGCACUGUACGAAUAUCGUUCUUCUCUGGCCUGCAUUUCAAGAUCAGAAUCUUCUCGUUUAUCUGAAGGCGACAGUAAAACUAGAAGACGGAGGGGACGAGCUGCUCGGAAUUACUUGAGUACUGGCUCACUAAUGCUAUCACCUGAAGAAAUUUCAUUGUUGGGCCAAUCUAGCAUGCAUGGGAAGAUUUCGCCCCAGUCAUUAGAAACCAAAUAUUAGAUAGAAGGAUAUGAACUUUCCAUGAAAGAUAACUGACAGGGUAAACAUAUUAACAUUUUAGCUAACUAGAUUUUAGUCAUAGGCUUGUAGGAAAGGAAGCAUAGUUUCUAGUAAUUUUCAUUUGCGUUGCUGGACAUGGCCCAACCUUUGGUCAUGCCAAAACGAAAGCUUGAAGCAAAACACAGAUCAUAGUGGUAGGUAUCUGGAAUUCAUGAUUUCAUCCCUGUAGUCAUUGUAUAGUAGAUAUUGAUUGCUUGGUAUUAUUUAAAUAAGGGGCAUGUAAUUACAAAUUAUAUAGUGAAGAAGGUUACUGGAAAUGCUUUC